GGCAAAUCGGACAAGAAAAAAGUAAACGGGGUAGCGGGUACACACGACGAAGGCGAAGGCGAAGAUGAAGGGGAAGGUGAGGAUGAAGGCGAAGAAGAAGAAGAAGGUGAAGACGAAGAGGAAGGAGAAGGAGAAGAUGAGGAAGAAGGCGAGGAUGAAGAAGAGGGAGAAGUUGGGAAAGAAAAAACUGUCGAUCACGUAUUCACAUUACCAACAUCAGCCAAGAGGAACGACGUUAAAAAGGAUGAGGAGAAAAAGGAAGAAAAGAAUAAGAUAAAUGAGAAGGAGAAGAAAGAGGAGCCCGAAGCUGAGGUAGAAGAAACGGCUGUUAUACGACUAGGUGGUACAGCUGCAAAAACUGAUGCCGAGGAUGAAGGGCUAGAUGAAGAAGAGGAAGAGGAUGAAGACGAGGGUGAGGAAGAAGAAGAAGACGAAGGAGAAGAGGAGGAUGAAGAGGAAUAUGAGGAAGAAGAAGAGGCUGAAUGA